AUGUUGUCUUUGUCCCUCUCCUCUCCUGUCACCACUAUCAUCAUCAUCUUCUUCUUCUUCUUCUCUCUUCACAAUACAACUUCGUUACCUUCUCAUGUAUCACUGUCUAGCUGCAACAACACCACCUUCAACUGCGGAACAAUAACCAACCUUUCCUACCCUUUCACCGGCGGCGAUCGUCCUUCCUUCUGUGGGCCACCACAGUUUCACUUGAACUGCAAUAACAAUGUUCCAGAGUUGAACAUUUCUUCAUUGAGUUACCGAGUUCUUCAAAUCAACUCAGUAACUCAUUCUCUCACCUUAGCUAGAUUAGACCUUUGGAACGAAACGUGUACCAAAAAUUAUAUUAGCUCAACUUUUGAUGGAACUAGCUUUAGCUACGGUUCGGGAAACCGUAACCUUACUUUGUUUUAUGGGUGCAAACCCACUUCAGAAUUUACCAAAGUGCCAGAGAAUUUGUUUUACUGUGAGAGUAAUGGGUAUAAGAAUAACUCAUAUUCUCUGAUUGGUCCAUUUCCUUUGGACCCAGUUCUUAGAUUUGUUGAAUGUGAUGAAGGUGUUGGAGUGCCAAUUCUUGUAGAGCAGGCUAAUAGGUUUAUAGGAAAUCGCUCUUUGCUUAGAGAGGUUUUGAUGAAAGGGUUUAAUGUGAGUUAUAGCAAUCCUUUUGAUGAUGAUUGUUUUGAAUGUAUUGAUUCUGGUGGCCAACAAUGUGGAUUUGAUUCUGAUGAUAAUGAAUCCAUUUGUAUUUGUGGUAAUGAGUUGUGUCCUUCAGGUAAAGGCUCUAACAUUGGCCCUGUAAUAGGCGGCAUAGUUGGAGGCAUUGCAGCCCUUGUUUGUAUUCUUGGCUUUGCAUGGUUAGUGGUGCGGAGAAGAAAGAAAAGUAUUGAGAAAUCUAGAAGCAGGGUCCCCUUCAUGCCUACUUCAAGCAGUGACACUGGCACUGGCACUCUAACCUCCACUACUAAUUCGUCUCAGAGUAUUCCUUCUUACCCCUCUCCCAAAUCGGACGCAAUGCCGAAGAGUUUCUACUUUGGUGUUAAGGUUUUUACCUAUGAUGAGCUAGAAGAAGCUACCAACAAUUUCGACGCCUCUAAAGAACUUGGAGAUGGAGGUUUUGGCACAGUUUAUAAAGGUGAUCUCAAAGAUGGACGUGUGGUUGCAGUGAAACGCCAUUACGAAAGCAAUUUUAAACGUGUGGCGCAGUUCAUGAAUGAAGUUGAGAUUCUAGCGAAGUUAAGGCAUAAGAACCUUGUUACACUCUAUGGAUGCUCCUCUAAACACAGCAGAGAGCUUCUCCUUGUUUAUGAAUACAUACCAAAUGGAACAGUAGCUGAUCAUAUUCACGGGAAGCAAUCAAGCUCGUGUUUACUUCCUUGGUCUGUAAGAUUGAACAUUGCACUAGAAACAGCUGAAGCACUAGCCUAUCUCCAUGCAUCAGAUGUCAUACACCGCGACGUUAAAUCCAACAACAUCCUCCUAGACGAAAAAUUUCAUGUUAAGGUCGCUGAUUUCGGUCUGUCAAGGUGGCUUCCAAGCGAAGUCACACAUGUAUCAACAGCUCCACAAGGAACACCUGGUUACGUUGAUCCUGAGUAUUACCAGUCUUACCAACUCACUGACAAGAGCGAUGUUUAUAGCUUUGGCGUAGUCUUAGCCGAGCUUAUAUCCUCGUUACAAGCUGUGGAUAUUACCAGGCACCGCAGCGACGUGAACUUGGCGACUAUGGUUGUCAACAAGAUUCAGAGCCAAGAAUUGCAUGAGUUGGUUGAUCCAUUUCUUGGAUAUGAAAAAGACAGUGCUGUGAGGAGAAUGACAACCGCAGUCGGUGAAUUGGCAUUUAGAUGUUUGCAGCAGCAAAGAGACAUGAGACCUUCAAUGGACGAGGUUGUGGAGGUAUUGAGAGCAAUCCAGAGUGAUGAACUUGAAACACAGGAAUCAAAAGUAUUGGAUGUUGUUGUUAGAACAGAUGAACUUGUACUUUUGAAGAAGGGCCCUUAUCCAGCUUCACCAGAUUCUGUUGCUGACAAAUGGGUUAGCGGUUCUUCUACAUCUACUUCUUCUUAG